UGAUAGGAGCUUAAAUCGAAAUCACAUCUAUAGGGGCUCAUCUACUAAAAUCUGUCAAUGGCGAACAGCGGCCCCUACUGAUAAAAAUAAAUUACUACAGACGUAUUGGCCAAGAUGUUUCUGUUGAAUAGUUUGCUUUGUUUACAGACACGCUGAAAUAUGGCCGCCCUAGCAACCACUCGAUGUCAUGAUGAACUGUGUUCGGGGGAAGGAGAGACCCACGUUCAGGAGACCAGUACAUCACCUCCUGUCAACAGUGACAGUGUGGGUCACCGGCUGGACAGAAAAAAAACUCUACAGUUUCUUCGGGAAGCCGAAAAAAACAAAAGGCAGAUUGAAAAGCUGGAGAAGGAGAGGACACUGAUUGCUCAGUGCAAAAAGAAUGGCUGGAAAGAUGUGUCUGGAGAACUGGAGGAGUACGAGAAAAUCUUAGAGAGAGAAAGAAAUGCUGAGAAGAUGAAAUGUCAAAAGCAGCUAAUGAAGAUUCGUUAUGGUGUGAGGACAUUUCAGAGACAUUUAAUGGAUGUAAAACCAUCUCCUGAGUUGAUUGACAGACUGAAUGAAAUAAUGUCAGAGGUGGAAAUCUCAAUAAAUAACCUGAAGGAGGAGCAGCGGUCAUGCUUUGACGAAUAUUUGAAAGAGGAAAGGAUAUGCAGGCAGGAGGUCACUGCUUACGAGAGGAAGAUUGAAAACUGGAGCCUUGCUCUCAAGUCAAACUCCAAACAACCCAUGGCUCCCACUCUUAAGACCAAGCCCCAUGACAGAGACCUUCCUGUUGAGGUCGGAGCUUUGGAGACUUUCCUCCAGAGGACCGGAGGUCCUAAUGGAGGAUGGGACCAAUACGACCACCAAACCUUCCUACGAUUCUGGAUGAAGCACAGUGGGCAACCAUCCUACAAGAAAGAGGCCAAACUGUACUUGCCAGGUAAAACACUGGAGAAGAUAGAGCAACAUGAGGACUGGCAUCAGGAGCUGCUGUACCUACAGGACAGAAAGAGAGAGGCUAUUCAGCGUUGGAAAGCCAGCAAACAUCAAGAACGUCAGACCAGAAUGCAAAGUCAGGAGGAGACAGAAGAGGCACAAAGAAAAGAGAAGAAGGCCAAAAGCAUGGCGGAGCAGCACAGGAGUGAAGAGCAGCGGAGGGAGGUGGCACGGCAACUGGAGGAGUGGAGGGAAGAGAAGAAGGAGAAAGAGGAACUGGUAGAGAAGCAGAGGGUGAACGACGAAAUUCAAAAGAGGAGACGAGAGAGGGAAGAGCGUCGCCGCCAGCUGGAAGUGAAGUUGACCCUAGAGGAACAACUCCGACUGAGGAGAGAAGAAGAGGAGAAACAGAGGAGAAGAAAGACAGAGGAGGAACAGAAAGAAAUGGAGGAGAGGCAAAAGGAGGCAGCAAAGGUCAUCAAACAGUUCAGUGAAAGGGAUCUUCACAAGGUGGAGGCAAAGCUUCACGAAAAACAGUUCAGGGAAAACGAGGAGGAAGAGAGACAGAGGAGAAUCGCUGCUAAACUAAAGGAGAAGGUGGAUGCUCAUGUCAACAAAGACCCAUCCAGGCUCAUCCGUCCCACUAAAGGAUGGCAGGAGCGGAUGAAACACAUUGGACCUUCGGGAGGAGGACCAGUGCUACAAAUGUUUCACAGAGCUGUUCCUACUUGGAGGCAAGGCCUGUGAUGAGUCCUGAACUGUUAUAGAAUUAA